CAUCGCUAAUACUCUUGAUUUCUCGAAAUUCUUUUUUUACAACAAUUUUUGUGCGCCGCACCGAAAAAAAUGACUAGCUGCGUGUCAGCGCAGCAGCAAAAGGACCAGGAGCAGUUGCUGGAAGAGCUCAACGCCAGCGAUGACGAAAUGGACGACGCAGAAGGCGAAGAUGCGGACAAGGCGAAAGACGAACAACUGACGGAGCCCACAUUCUCCUUUUCGAAUAGCCACACCUGCUGGGUGUGCAAUGGCUAUUAUGGCCCCAACUUUGGCGAGCCCCUGUGCGGGGCGUGUCACGCCUUUCUCUACAACGCACAACUGGCCGAGGAGAUGCUCACAGAACUGUCCGAUGACGAGGACUCGGGCAACGAUGAGCCACCGUUCAAGGACAAGCAGGAGGAUGAGGAAACUGAAAACGAUGUGGACAUCAUGGGCUUUGAAGAUCUGGAAGAUGCAGAGCCGCCCGCACCACAGCCACAAGCACAGCCAGCGCUGCCCGACGCGGAGGCGCUCCCUCAGCUGGAACAGCCACAACAGUUGCCAGAUGUGGUGCCACCUGCACGACGCGAAACACCCGAGCGCGACUUUGACAAUGAGCGUGCCGUGAAUCCGUUUUUGUUGCCCAUCAAGCGGCCACGACCCAUGGCGCCGCUGGGGCUGCCGCAUUACAUGAACGAGCUGGCUGAUGGCCGGCUGCGCUCGCAUGAGUAUAACAAUGCCAAUGGCGCUGGUGGCAGCAAUGCAGCGGGCAAUAAGAGCAUUAUCAAUCGCAUACCGGUAGAGAUAUUGCUCAAGAUAUUCGCCUAUUUGGAUGACAUGUCCCUGUGGAUGUCCAGCGAGGUGUGCAAGCAGUGGCACGACAUCAUCGGCAAGAACACGGCCCAGAGCAUGUGGAAGGCAUACAUCAAGCAGCGCUGGCCACUGUUCGAGAGUCUCGCAGACACGCCCAACUGGUACAAGCUGUACGGGGCACUGAUGUCCUCCUGCUUCUGUCGCACCUGCCUGAUCGAGAUGGGCGGCCGCGGUCAGUCGCCGCACGACGAUGAGCAGGAGAAUCCCAUACGGAAUAUCUUUCUGCGCGGCGAGGCCAAUCUGCUGAACAGCUACGAGUCGGAGGGCAUCUCCGCCAUACCAUUGGAUCGACAGAAUAACUACUGGCAGGCCACGAUACUGGGCCCACCGGGCAGUCCCUACGAGGGCGGAAAAUUCUUUUUGUUCAUUUACUUUCCCGAUCGCUACCCCAUGGCGCCGCCCACGGUGCGUUUCCUCACCAAAAUUCUGCAUCCAAAUGUGUCGCGGCAUGGCGAUGUGGGCAUUGACAUAUUCCAGCAGCAAAACUGGUCGCUGGCGCUGAAUGUGGCGAAGGUUCUGCUGUCGGUGCAGAGUCUGCUCACCGAUCCAUACACCGAGGUGUGCAUGGAGCCCGAAGUGGGCUACAUCUACGAGCACGAGCGUGAGCGAUUCGAGCAGCUGGUGCGUUCAUGGACCUGGAAGUAUGCCAUGUUUGAGUUGAUAUCGCCGCGCUAAGUUGUCCUUCAUGGAAGGACCCACACCCAGCACUCGCGCUUGGACUUACUUUGGACUGAAAGUUGGAAACUAAAAACAAAAAUCCUCUUCAAGUUGAUUUGUAUAUGAUUAUCGUGUAGCUACCACAUAGAUGACGGACGGACGGAAUGUGUUUUUAGGUUUAGUUGUGCCAUCCCCGAUUGGUCGCCCCCCCACACACACAUAUUGUAGUCGA